UCUUACCCAUUCAACACUACUAAUACUUCGUCACUUUCUUCUCAAAACUCCACACCAAACACUUAAGGAAGAAAAAAACACACACACACACACAGAAUCUGCAUCUUCUUUUCCUUCCCUUCUCCUCUCUUGAAUCCACAGUUUUUUAUUUUUCUUUUUAAAGGACACAAAAAGAAGUUUCAACGAAAGUCUCCUUCAGCCACUAUUACUCAUACAAACAUCCUGAGAAUCACCCUUUUCAUAAUCUUUUCUUCAUAGCACACGAGACAUGGUGUUAUGUUUUGCUUUUUCACUCUUUAAAGUCCUUUCCUCUUUAUUCCCAUACCAUCUUUCUCUCCCAAUUUCAUCCUUCACUCACUCAAACAGUGACCCCUUCACAUUUUAAAUACUUUCUUUCCAUUUUUUCACAUCCUUUUGAUGCCUUUUUGGCAGGUUUCUGCACACACAACCUUUCCUCAAUCUUCUCAAUCACACAUCCUCUCUAUUUGUUCAAGAAAAACACAGCAACACACAAUUUGUAUUGUGUUCUCAUACCUAACAAACAGUCAUGGAACCACAAAACCGCAGCAAUAGCAUCCUAUGCAAAUACACUGAACACGAAACCGUUACAAAAAAACACAUGAAAUCAAAAAACAAUACUUCUCUUUCGCCUAAAGUCAUUUCCAUAUUGAUGACGGAUCAAUAUGCUACAGACUCAUCCAGCGACGAAGAAAGAGUCACGAGCCGCCGGCGCAUCAAGCGUUAUGUCAAUAGAAUCGAGCUUCAGCCGGCGAUUAAAUCCGUCGCUACCAGAAAGAGACACGUUGGAGACGCCACGAAACUACGGCCGCCGCAGGUGAAGGUGAAGAAUUCUGGCAGCGUGAAAAAAUUCCGCGGUGUGAGGCAACGCCCAUGGGGUAAAUGGGCGGCGGAGAUACGGGAUCCUGUGCAGCGCGUGAGAAUCUGGCUGGGAACCUUCGAAACCGCGGAGGAGGCCGCCUUGUGUUACGACAAUGCCGCAAUCAUGCUCCGCGGCCCGGACGCCCUAACGAAUUUCGGGAUACGGUCAAAGGAAACGUUGGAGAAAGAAGAAAGAAAAGAGUUGGAUGAAAAGGAAGAAAUCAGAACCGAAAAACCGGAAAUGAAGGUGGUCGUGAAACCGGAGAUUGAAACUGCUUUGGUCUCCUGCUUCUACGACUCGGCGGACGAGUUUUGUCUGAACCUCUCGUCACCCACUUCAGUUCUCCGGUUCAACGAAUCAGCUGAACUGGAGAAACAGUACGAGCCGUUUCCCGGUCGAACCGAAGCCCACACCGUGCUGGAAGAGUGUCAAGGACAAACUGUGUCGUUUCAUGAAAGUAGUGAGUUUAUGUUACAAGACAUGCCGUGGGAUGAUGUGUUUAAUUUUCCGGUAAUGUUCGACGAGCCGGUGUCGCACUUGUUUGACGAAACGACGCGGUUUUCGAGUAGUGAGGUUUUCAGUGAGGAAAAGUUUUUGCCGUCAGCAACGUUGUGCCAAGUGGACGAUUAUUUCCAAGACAUUUUGUUAGGGUCAGAUCCUCUGGUGGCUCUGUGAGUGAAUGCAAAUUUUUGUUCCCUAGCAAGAAAAAAAAAGUUAAUAUUUUAAUCAUUUUGUUUAAAUAUUAGUUUGUUUUUUAUUAUUUAUUUGGUCGAGAAAUUCUGGUAGCGAACGGAGCGGGUGUUGAACGAAAAGUUUUGUUUAGAUUCUAUUUUAUGUUUCCUUUGCCUAAUAAUCAGGGUUGUUGAGACUUGAGAGUGUAAUAUAUUGUGUCUAGUAUCAAUCCAAGGGUAUGAAGUUCUUUUUAG